AUGCGGCUCCCUGGGCCCUCGAUGCCCUCACAACGCCAAAGCCAGACGGCAGCUGGCAUUGCCCUCAUCGUCUUGGCCUUCUUCACAGCCUUUGCUAUGACCCAGGCCGUUCUACCAAUCCAGGACAAGCCCACUCUGGUCAAGAGGGACACCAACGUCGAAGCCAGGCAGUUUCUUCCGUGGAUCUUUGGUGGCGGUCAAUCUACUACCGCUGUUAAUCCUGCUCAACCCGUCAUCACCACUGCCCUCACUGCGGCUGCGCCAGUCACUCCCAAUAACCAGCAACAGCAAGGUCCUCUUGGUGGUGUUAUUCCCAGUUUACUCGCUUCUUUAACUUCAGCACUUGCGGCCGUAGUAACUCCAGUUCCAUCCAUUCUCAACCCCGGAAAUGUUGUACCAGUUCUUACCAAUUUUGAACCCGCGGUGGUUGAAUCCAUACUCCAAAAUGGUGGCGGUCCCGUUAUUCCGACAGCCAUCCCGAGUGUCGAAGGAUCCAACGGUGGAUUACUGGAUCCGGUCCAGAGUGUUAUCAACAGCAUUGCCGGUGUUGGUGGCUCUGUUCUACCUCUGCCUGCAGGGUCUGUACUAUCCGUGCCUCUUCCAACACAAGCCGUUGGCGGAAUUCCGGUUUCAGAAGUCACUGCGGCUAUUGGAAACGGCGCCUCUAUCAUCACCAAUAUUCCAGAAGUACUUGUCAGCGUUGUCUCCUCCAUCGUUGGCCACGUUCCUUCAGCGAUUGGCGUAUCUGACAUCGCCAGUGCCACUGCAGCCAUCCCAAGUCUCUCGUCUCUAAUUGCAGCUAUUCCCACCGGACUCAGCAACCCAAUCAUCAUCUCAAGCAUCGAAAAUGUUCUGCAGUCCCUGCAGUCCGCUUCAGCUGUUCUACCGCUUCCAACAACAGCCCCCCAGCUCCCCGGCGACUUGCCAACCGACGGUGGUCUUUGCAGUGUCAUCAAGAUUGAGAGUGGGAUUCCCACUUUCCUCGCAACCCCUUGCCCCGAGGGCGUACCUCCUCCAUUCACACAGGCAGCAUCUUCGUCUGGCGUCCCAGUUUCGAAUUCUAGAGCCGGCCCGGCCAGCCCUCCUGUAUCCUCUCAAGCUGGCCCUUCCACUCUUGUGGCAACUCCGACAGCUGAACCUCCGCAGUCCCCCUCAGCAGCCUCACCUCCAGCUGGUGGCGCGAAUGUUACUCCUCCUGCUAAUAAUCCUUCGAUGCAAGCUGGAGCCGGAAGCCCUGGCAACAAUGACCAACCACAGAACACUGCUCCAGCAGGUCAGGCUCAACCACCUAUGCAAUCUUCAAGCCCUACAAAUCCCGUGCCAGCCAACCCUCCUCCUGCUGCUACUCAAGCCCCCAACCAGGCAAGUAGUGGUGCAGGAAGUCCGCCGCCAGCAUCAGCUCCCGCAGCCAGCCCCCUGACAACGUUGACCAUCGCUGCCGGAACACCUGCCUCCAAUCCAACCGGCGUGCCGGCCAAUGGCGGCAACGGCCAGAGUCCCUCUCCGACCUCUCAACCAGGCGGCUCGAUCUUCGGAGUUGACGACGGACAAGAUCCUUUCUCUGGGAACAACAUCCCACCAGGCACACCAGUCAUUCCCAUUUCCGAUUGCCCUGCCGUUGUUCAAUGCCCUGCAUGCCCAGCUUCUCCAGCAAAGCCUCCUGCCGGUUCGUGCCCAUGCCCUGGUCGAGGCUACUCUUGCUCCGAGUGUCUCAAUGGAUGGUUCUGCCCCCCAGAAGAAACACCAAUGCUGCCAGCGCCCUGCGGGAUGGGAUGGCCUUGCUACCACUGCAAAGGUGGCUGGUACUGUGCUCCUGACAGCAAAAACAUGGCACCCGCUGCUGCAAAUGAUCCUAUUAUCGUUGUUAUCAAGACCGUGACAGCUUUUGUCGCUCCCCAACCCACUGGAGCUGGCAACGGCGGCACUGGAGAUGGUGGCAACAAUGAUGGUUUUGGCGAUGGUGGUAACGACAACGGAGGCAACGGCAAUGAAACACCUGACAACGGAACGCCUGUCAAUGGCGACUCUGGGAAUGGUGGCUCUCCGGCUGUAUCUACGCCUUGCACAACAACGGGCAAUAGUCGGUAUACCGAUCCUCCAGGCAAUGGUGCUGGCUCAGCCCCCAACCCAGACCCGGACAACUCUGGCAAGGGCAAGGGCAAGGGAAAUAACGAUCCUGGCAAUGGCAAUACGGGCAACGGAGCUGCUCCAGGAGCCGGCGAUCCUGGAAACGCCGCAUCAACGCCUUGCACAACCACUGGCGGCCAACCCACGAAUCCAUCUGGACCCAACGGUAGCUCUGGAAAUGGUUCUGGUAGCGGCGGUCCUGCCAACGUUCCCGAACCACCGAUUGUGUCUCCUGCCCCCCCUCCAUCUAAUCCCAACCCUACAGUCAGCCCUGAACACCCUCCCAGUCCCGUCUCACCAGCACCUAAUGGCAUUCCAGAUACUGGUUUCGGGAAUGGUCAAGGCAACCCCGGUGCCGGCAAUCCUCCAGCUGGCUACGGUAAUUCUCCUACGGGCCCUGCCAAUGGCAACCCCAACAACGGACCUGGACCAAACAAUGGUUCUGGGAACGGCUCAGGUAACGGCUCAAGCUCAGGUGCACCAAGCGGCAACGGAACACCUGGCAACACCGGACCUUCGAGUCCGGCACCUGGGAGCAAUGCAGGUGCAGGUUCUGGUAACGGGUCUCCGAGCAGCAACGGACCUAAAGCCGCUGCCGAGGUCACUGGCUGGGAGUACCUUGGAUGUUUCAAAGACUCUACCAUUCGGACUCUCGACGGCGACCCGUCCAUAUACUUCACAGGAGGCAUGUCAAAUGAGAAGUGUGUUGCACACUGUGGCUCGAUGGGGUUCCAGCUUGCCGGCACGGAAUACGGCAAGGAGUGCUGGUGUGGCACUGCGUUCCAGUUGGCCGUACGCAUCCCGGAGGAGAAGUGCAACGAAGUCUGCGACGGCAAGUCAACUGAUCUCUGUGGAGGUGACUGGGCUGUCACCGUUUACAGCAAAACCGGCCAGGCUCUGAGCUUGCCGUCUGAUGACGAUGUUGCCAAUGGUCCCGGUGCUGGCAACGGUAACGGGAAUAGCAAUGGCAACGGCAAUGGCAACGGUGGAUCUGGCACGGGAAACAAUGGAGGUACCGGGAAUCCGCAAUCGACCCCUCAAAGUACAGCACCGGCACCUCCGGCGGCACCUCCUGCCGCACCGCCGGCAUCACCCCCUCAGACACCAGGUCAAGGCCAGUCUCCGCCACCUCCGGCAGGAAAUCCUCAAGACAGCAAAACUCCUCCGGCGUCUCCGAACCCUGCACCGCAGCCUCAGAUCGACAUUGCUUCUCUCAUACAGAGCAUCAUCAAUGCGCUGCCCAAGAGUAGCCCUGAUGGCGCGUACGGCAGCGGUCUGGGAGCAAGGGACUCUGGGGCGUCUGGCAACAAUGAGCCUGUGACUCAAGUCAAUUCUGGUGUUCCCGAUGAUGUUGCAGGAGGUUCGCCGAUGAUGGGACCGGGACGUUUUAACCCUCCGGAAGGACUCGACCGCUAUGGUGCCAAGAAGAGGGAGGUGGCGAGCCGGAACAUGAAGCGCAGCAGCAUCAUAGGGCGGCGAGCGGUCGCAAAGUUUGACGGUGUUAUCUGCGAUGGAGAAGAUGAGUAUGAAGGCGAUUAUUUGGCGAAGGCGCAAGUUUAG